UUCAUUCCAGCCCUCUCCCCUGAGCCCAGACCGCAGGCUCCUCGCCUCCCCGUAGGAAUCAGUCUGCUUCAUUACCUGCCUUCUUCCUUCCUCCAGAGAGCAGUCCAGAUUCAUUCUUAGUCGUGGUUGCCUCUCCCCCGAUUCCAGUGCCUGGCCCUUGCAGGCUCCUGCCCAGUCCUCCCCAAUCUGGGUUUGCUGCUAAAGAGUUGGUCAGCUGAGUGCUUACCCUGCUCUGGCUUUGAAGAGUUUUAUCUGAUCUCUGAAAUGCAUACACUCCAGCCCCCGCAAAGAGACGAGGGUUAACAUCUUCAUUUAAGGUCUUGAGAUGUAAGAAACUACAAGUGACUAGUCCUAGCUAGAGCCCACACAGACGCUAGGGUCCCAAAGCCUGAGCUGGGACUUUGCUGCCCUCUAAGGGCGGGGAUAAGUUUUCAGUUUCCCAGCUAGGACACUGGGCUAUGGAGCGGGGAUGGAGCCUGAGACCCCCAUGUGCCUCUCCUUUGGAGCUCAGACUCUGCAGCAGAGCUGUGGAAGCCAGGUGCACAGGAUGCAAGCAGCCAGACCCAGGGAGGCAACAGCCGCAUCCUCAGAGAGGAAGCCAGGAUGCCCCACUCUGCCACAGGCACUGCAGGGGUGGGGCUGGAGGCUGCAGAGCCCACAGUCCUGCUCACCAGGGCAGAGCCCCCUUCAGAACCCACAGUGUCAUCAAGGGAGCGCGCUACGUCUGCCACAGUGGCGGCCACUGCCCCAUGGACACCUACAUGCGUCGCAAGUGCCAGGAGUGUCGGCUUCGCAAGUGCCGCCAGGCUGGCAUGCGGGAGGAGUGUGUCCUGUCAGAAGAACAGAUCCGUCUGAAGAAACUGAAGCGGCAAGAGGAGGAACAGGCUCAUGCCGUAUCCCUGCCCCCCAGGGCUUCCUCACCCCCUCAAAUCCUGCCCCAGCUCAGCCCAGAGCAAUUGGGCAUGAUUGAGAAGCUGGUCGCUGCCCAGCAACAGUGUAACCGGCGCUCCUUUUCUGACCGGCUUCGAGUCACGCCUUGGCCCAUGGCACCAGAUCCCCAUAGCCGGGAGGCCCGUCAGCAGCGCUUUGCCCACUUCACUGAGCUGGCCAUCGUCUCUGUGCAGGAGAUAGUUGACUUUGCUAAACAGCUACCCGGCUUCCUGCAGCUCAGCCGGGAGGACCAGAUUGCCCUGCUGAAGACCUCUGCGAUCGAGGUGGCUGGAGAAGGGCAAGGGAUGAAGGGAGAAGCAGAAUGGGAUUGUCUGUGGGAGGGGCCUCCAGACAUCGAGCUGGGAGAACCAAAUCUGCUGGGAAGCAGGGAUGAGGGGAAUCAGCCUCCCUGGAAGGGGCUAUGCUCCAAGACCAACCUUCCUAGUCCCCGUUUGAGGUCUGCUGCUUGUGUGCAGGUGAUGCUUCUGGAGACAUCUCGGAGGUACAACCCUGGGAGUGAGAGUAUCACCUUCCUCAAGGAUUUCAGUUAUAACCGGGAAGACUUUGCCAAAGCAGGGCUGCAAGUGGAAUUCAUCAACCCCAUCUUCGAGUUCUCCAGGGCCAUGAAUGAGCUGCAACUUAAUGAUGCUGAGUUUGCUUUGCUCAUUGCCAUCAGCAUCUUCUCUGCAGACCGGCCCAAUGUGCAGGACCAGCUCCAGGUAGAGAGGCUGCAGCACACAUAUGUGGAAGCCCUGCAUGCCUACGUCUCCAUCCACCAUCCCCAUGACCGACUGAUGUUCCCACGGAUGCUAAUGAAACUGGUGAGCCUCCGGACCCUGAGCAGCGUCCACUCAGAGCAAGUGUUUGCACUGCGUCUGCAGGACAAAAAGCUCCCACCGCUGCUCUCUGAGAUCUGGGAUGUGCACGAAUGACUGUUCUUUCCUCAUAUUUUGUUUUCUGUGCCGGAUGGCUGAGGCCUGGUGGCUGCCUCCUAGAAGUGGAACAGACUGAGAAGGGCAAACAUUCCUGGGAGCUGGGCAAGGAGAUCCACCCGUGGCAUUAAAAGAGAGUCAAAGAGUU